AUGGCAGUCAUUGGCGGCUGUUGCCUUCUUCUACUGGUUUUAUAUCAGUGUUUAAAGGCCGGUAUGUUUUUUAAAACCGAGCCACCGGCUGACUCGCCAGAUGGAGAGAAAGGUGGAUACGCGGAACUCGGCGAAGCGUAUGGCACCGAAACGGAUGAUGAUUACAUCGGGCCAUCUUCGAAAGCAACAAGCCGAAGAAGUAGCUUUAAUACAAGUGGGAGUAAGUCGGAUGGCGAGCUGGCGCUUGGUGACAGCGCUUCUGUGUACGGUUAUGGGAAAUACUCCGAUGGGGAGUACAGUCCUGCUAACGCAAGACGUGCUGUCUCAGCUUAUGGGGAAGCGAUUGACAUCGGCCAGGAGGAAUUUCUGUCAAUUGCUGGAAGGCUGCAAGUAUCGGCAAGUUAUGCGCCAACAGCAGAAAAGUUGGCGGUGACUGUGCUCCGGGCAGAGGAUGUUCCUACAAAACACCGAGGAGGUGCCGCUACUGUUCAAGUUCGUGUCGUACUUCUCCCGUCAAAAAAACAACGCUUCAAAACAAAAGCAAAACCAGCUACGAAUCCGAACUUUCACGAGACGUUUACAUUCAGUCGAGUUCCUCAAAGCGAUUUACAUGAAAGUGGCCUGAGGUUUAGAUUGUAUGGUCACGAAAAACUUACACGAGAUAAACUGCUAGGAGAAAUGACAGUUAGUCUAACGGAGUUUGACUUGGAAGGCGACGGAGAAGCGCUUUGGCGAACUCUUACCCCAAGAAAUGCCCUUAGCGUAAGUACAAUAUUAAAACGUAUAUUUGCAAUGUUUUACCCGGCGUAUCUUUUGCUCUUCUUGUUAAGAGAAUUUUCCCAAUAACGUUUGUUAUUUCAGCUGAUGAAAGGGUGUCUUUAUUUUUCGUGACUGGUUACUUGCCCAAGGGAAAAAUAAAAAUAAUACAUACAUGGUGGUUUAAGACGAAGUAUUUUUCUCGUUCACUAAUAAUUCGUAAUUUCAUUUGAUAAACUCGAUGAUCAGUUCACAAUUUUUAUUCGCUUCUUCCUUUAGUGGAAAUUACGGGUUUUUUCUCUUUCUGAACUACGUGGUUUGGUUGCACCGCGUAGCCGAUAUUUCUUGUUUUUCCUGUCAGUAGAGACACUUAAAUUGUGGUCAGUAUUAUUUGAAGGAACACUCAGAACAUUACUGUUAAAUCACACUAAUACUGGAUAGCGAAUAAGCUGUAUGCAAAUCUAGCUAGCGAUUUAAUCAAGUGGAACCAAUGAAAAGGUGGCGUAUUUUAAAUAUCCAUUGUCCUUUGUUGGUGACACGCGUCUUCUACAAAAGCUAACAAUAUGAACAACGCUCAGUGCUUCGAGAGCGGAGAUUCUUUUGGCAGAAAGGGACACAACAAAACUCAUAAUCUCUUACAAAUGAGGAUUUUUUGCAAACCGAUCACUUCAUCAUGUUUAUUGUAGACGUUGUACCAAAAACCUCGCGCUAUAAUUAUUGGCCCACCAUUAACUUAGUUUGGAACGCAAGAAACUCACUGAUGCGAUUAAACAUUUUCUAUAGCAAUCUUCUGAAUGCAUGAAAUGGUUUUCAAUCCUCUUUCACGGAUCAAUGGAAAUUUGUAUCAUUGUCAUUAUGCCUGUUUUCCUGAAGGGAAAACUGCGUAAAAAAGUUAAAGAUUCUCGUUUCCUUUGACGUAACCAUGUCCCUCCUCAAGGUCUGAUCAUAAUCCUGUUUUACAGAAUACGAAGUUAGUAUGCAAAUCAGAACUAAAAUAUACGAAUAUAUAUAUUUAUUUUAUGUUGUUAUGUCUGAGAUAUAUAGGUACUAUUUAAUACCAAAGAAUGCCUAGUCUGUUAGAGUAAAAAAGUGCUUUUAUCAAUAAACAACCGAUACAUUGAUUAUGAACUAAAGGUGUUUUUAUUAUUUUCAUGAUCAUAUUUUAAAAAAUAUGUUUCUUUAUUGUAGGCUUCUGACUCAAUGUAUGAUCUUUCUGACACUGGAAGCGUCAAAAGUUAUGGGUCGUAUGGUUCUGUUUCGUCUCUUGCUAUGGCUCAAAGCGGUGCUCCAGAAUUGCUUGUUUCCCUGUGUUAUCAAUCUCUUACAGGAAGGUUAACAGUAGAAGUGCUGAAAGCAAGCAACCUGAGAAAUGUGUCCAUGCAGCGUGCACCAGGUAUGCGGAAUGAAUAAUUAUUGGGCCUUACCGUUACGUUCUAACUUGAUUUGUCUUUUAUUUCUCAAAAAGCAACAAUAUAAACAGUGUAUUAAUAUCAGCUUCUCUUCUCCUUUUGACCUUAAUUUUUUUUGGCAUGGAGGGUAUUUUAGCUUGAAUGGAGAUCCCGAGAAAAGUGUUAACUUAGAAUACAGUUAUCGCUCUAAACGUGUAGUCUGCGAGGGACGCCACUGAAGAACACAACGCUUUAGUCUUUCAAAAACACGUAACUAAGCACUGUUUGGUUUUAAAGAAAUCGGGAAGAACAACACGGCGUCUGCUCUUAAUACACCCCCACACAAACUUCCCACGUGGUUAAAUAAGCUGAGAAUUCUUAAGCUGAAGAGGUCCGCUUUUUAUGCCCUGCUCAUUGCAUCCUAAUCAACAAGGGGAUACUCUGGAUACUUUCCACGCUUGUAUAACUUAAGUUUUCUCAGAUUUAACUUGCUUGAAAAGGUUUUAUAAGUAUAAACUAAAAUCAUAGUAUUAAAAAUGGCGGAUAGCUCGCGUGGGAGGAAAAAGGAAACAACACUUGGCAAUGACGUAGGACCUAAACCCACAACAACAGGAAAAAACAUUGAGAAGAAAUGGGAGGCUUUUCAUCUGCCAUACCCGCUAAAAAUGGAUCAUCAAUAUAAAAUACUUCAGUCGUCAGUGACCAAUUGCGCAUGAUCAAAUCUAUUAUUUUUUUCAACCGCUCCAUAGAAAACCUAAAGCCACUUCAGUGUUUAUAAUAAUAAUAACAUAUGUGAGAAUUUAAAAGCAUCCUCUUCAUUUACUCUUAGCUUAUUGCACGGAAGAAUCUGUAACUAGUAGGAAGACUAGUUAGAAAGAACAUGAGACUGUUUUUUUUUUUAAAGCAUUAGUAAACACAGUAACUAUGUGCUCAGGCAGUGUUCAUAUAUAAGCUUAGACGUAAACGGAAAUCCCGCUCUCAGUCUAAUCUUAAACAUUUUCCGAGUACUACAUCAGAAACACAAACUCCUCCGCAUUAAGCAGUAAAUCAUAAGCACAUUCAUCUCAGAAACGUAACUGGCGCAAUUUCUCAUUCACUACUGACAGAUUCAUACGUGAAAGUGUCUUUAUUGUCUCCAUCUGGCAAGCAAGUUGCAAAAAGUAAAACCACCAUUAGGAAGAGUAUGGUCGACCCAGAGUACAAUGAGAGUUUCAUGUAUGAAAUAUCCGAGAAAGAUCUUCACAUGGUCACUUUAACAAUCGCUGUUAUUGCGAUAUCAAAGACAAGGAAGAAAAAAGACAUGAUAGGAUGGUUUUCACUUGGAAAAAAUUAUAGUGGCCAAGAGGAGAUCAGGCACUGGAAUGACAUGAUUCAAGAAAAAGAACAAAAUAUUAGUCGAUGGCACGUUUUAGCUGAUGCAUAACCGCGUGUAAAAUGUAACUUUAAACUCAGUAAACAUUUAAAAAGCACUGAAAAAAAAUAGAAUAAGUUAAGAUUUGAAUGGCAGUAUUCUCAUGAAGUAGAAAAACAGAAUUUACGAAAGUAUAAAUUGCUAUCAUUCCAUAAGACAUGAAUAAUCUGAGGGUAAAAUGUUGACAUUCCUGACUAAAAUGAUUGGAUAAGAUAUUUUAUGGUUAUUUUUUAUUAUCAUUAAAUGAUACUAAGAUAAAAAUAAACGAAUUGGAAUUGCCAUCUUAAAGGAUUUUUGUUGCGAUUGAAAGAAACGUAUUCUCUGUUGUCUCUAACUAGUUUGAACCAUCCAAUCACUUCACACUUUCAGCUCAAACGUUCUACGCUUUAGCAUUCAUAUCUUUUUGCUUCUUAAAUAUUUUAUUUUUUUUAAAUAAUCAACGUUUUGGAACCGCCUGGUGCUUUGCACAAUGAGUUCUCCAAAUGCAAUUAGACUAAGUACAGUGACUCCAAUCGCAGCAAAAAUCGUACAGUAAUCGUUCAGAUGUAACAAACAGGUACUAAAAACAAACUCUUGUAACAAGAGUCUACUGAUAAAUGAGUAGCUUAAGAGUGGAUAUCGUUAUUAUCUCCACCAUCAUCAUCAUCAUCAUCAUCGUCAUCACCGCCACCUCCUCACAAUCACCAGGCCAUCCGCAACAUCCUCGUCAUCAUUUUUUGUUGUUGUUAUUAUAAGCUAAAUUCUGCUGGUCAGGUACACUGAAAAAUAAUGAAAAAUCAUCCUGGAACGCGGGCGUUUCUCUUGCAAAUAAAUUGGCGUUAUUAAAAAUGAUUAAUUAAAAAUAAAGACACUCAGUAAUAACAGCAGAGUUAUGCCAAGGUUUACUUUGUGUUCGUAGUAAGUGUAGAAGAUCGUUUCGAUCAAAUAAUGAGCUGGUUUUUUUGUCAAUAAAGAUCAGACAAUUCAGCUUUUAGACUAAUAUAUACUUGUUGUAUGUUUUCCAUGCCGACAAUGCACAAUUCCCAUGCACUUUUGCACCCAAAUGAAUGCCGGGACUGGUCUGUUCCAGCACAAUCCCCACUCCUGAAUUCUAUCAGAUACUUACUUAUCAGCGAACCAUGUGAACUGAUCCGUUGUUAGUCAAACAAGUACACGGUCAUGGAACAAAACCUGCCCAGUGAAACCUAGAGUUAAUAAAAAGCGAAGAGGAGUCAAUCGUUUGGUUGGAAUUGAAGACCGACCUGAUGCUUGGAAGAAGAAACCUUUCCAGUCCUCAAUUUAGAAUUUCAGCUAGAGUUGACAAAUAAGAAAUACUAAUGAACACACACGAACAAAACAUCUAGUCAAAAUAGUCUAGAUAACUGAAGCCCUACCCUCAAAGUCCUCAAACAAUCUGUUAUAAACAAAAUUUCACUUCAGCAGAAAAGGGAUUGAACUAAACAUAGAAACUGAACUCACCUGAAUUAAUGCCCUUUAAAGUGCAUGGUGUCGACACAUAGAUAAUGCCAUUUUAGGCGGUCUAUUCUGUGCUGAAGUCAGUCUUUUUUGCUUUUAUUAGCCUUAUUGAAAAUUCUCCGUUAGAGAUAUAAAGAAGAUAUAUUAAAGAGAUUUCACCAUGGAGAACUAACCAUAAUAAUAUUUUUGUGAAUUGUACGGGUAUAGCAUUAACACUUGAAAAACUUGACUCAACUUUUACACGUUUCAAUCCAUCUCCAUCCUUCUCAUCCGCUGCAACAGACGACAGCAAACAGAUUCAAUGUAUAAAUUUACCGUAAAAUUGCGAAAAUAAGCCCCAGGGCUUAUAUUUUUCAAAGGCCCUUUUUGAGGGGUUUAUUUAUGGAGGGGCUUAUUUUCGGAGGGGGUUAUCUACGGAGAGAAAUUUGCGUUUUAAAAUCGGUUGGGGUAGCCUUAUAGUUGGAAGUAAAAUUACCGUUUUUGCUUUGUUUUACUUUGUAUUUGAGGGCAAUUUUCCAAGUACAAGCCCCCGGGGGUGUUAUAUUUGGAGGGGCGAUUUAACGGAGGGUUUUUCGCGUUUACCAGAUUGGGGGGCUUAUAUUUGGAGAGGCUUAUUUUCGGAAUUUUACGGUAGUCUUAAAGAUCAAAAGUGCACCAUUAUUUUUGGAAUACAAUUAAUGCGAGAACUAGUUUUAACUAUUUAAAAAGGUAGUGACUAGCAUCACAUAGACCUUUUAAAUCUUUAUUUCCGAUGAGAACUGAGUUGACCUGUUGUGACGUGAAUUAUUUUAUUAUCUAUAGGAUGGAGUAAAAAGAAAAUACAAAUACAAUUAUCAUAUGAUGGUCAUGGUCUUUUGCAAUUGGCACAAACUUACUCUCUGCUGCUUUUUUUUUCAGAUACCUAUGUUAAAGUGGCCAUGUUUAAUUCCAUUGGGCAGCAACUAUCUAAGAGCAAAACGUCCAUACGACGUAGCAUGUGUGACCCAGAGUAUAACGAGAACUUUGUGUUCCAGAUUAUUGAAUUUGAACUACCGAGCGUAAGCCUCAUGUUUUCUGUCGUCAACAUAAAGAAAAUGAGACGGAAGGAAAUAAUAGGAUGGUUCUCGAUGGGACGAGAUAACACUGGAGAGGAUGAAGAAGCCCAUUGGAAAGAAAUGAUUGAAGCCAAAGGACAGCCGAGAAAAAGAUGGCAUGUUCUUAGUGCUGUGGAUUAUUAAAUUAGUUUAUUUCUUCAAAUUAAAAAGACUAUUCGGCUAUUUAAUUGAGCAGUUAAUUGCAUAUAAAGAGAAAACUACCCUAGACUUCUAUUUAUUUGUUCAUUAACUAGAGUGUUUAGUUUUUUGUUAAAGAACAAUUAUUUUUUUUUAUUAUUUAAAGUAAACUACUUUUUUAUUUGUAGGAGUUCGUUCUAACAGCUUUCAUUCACAUUUUUUGUAUUUUUUUGGAGAUUAAAUGUGUUCUGAACUGUCGUAAGUGGUAAGACAUUGCUUACAAAAAGAGCAAUGGAGCGUUUGCACAAAAAUAGAGCGGUGGUCUUGACAGAGCAUGGCAGACCGGAGAUACGUCACAAAGUAAAUCAUUCUAUAACUUAAUUAAGCCAGCAAGACUGCCAUUAUGACUGCAUAACAACAGGGGUUCUAAAUUGCGCCCACUUAUUAAUGACCUGAUCGCAAAAUUAAGUUCCCUGAAUAAAGAAAAGAAAGAACAAACAAGAAAGAAAACCUUGUAGUUUUUAUGAACUCGUUGUCUUGGAAACCCUUCAGCAUUCAUUUGAACAUAGUAUGUGGCAGGCCUAAUUAGUAAUCCUGAAAAGAAGAUCAAUCCAAGAGCCGCCAGACAAGACAGAAUUAGGGAGGGGAACAAGUCACCCAUUAUACUUCUUUACAAACUUGUACCCUGUAUCAUGCAUGCUGCGUUUAUUUUAGUUAUUUUUUUGGGGAUGCCUCCCAAGUUUAAGGACGACGACUGAUAGGUUGGCAACGUAAAAUUACGUUUUUAUUUAUCUUUGUGUUUCUCUGCACCAGGAGUUUUUUUUUAUUUUUUGUAAACUUGACGAAUUAUUUUCGAAAUUUUUGAAACAAGCCGGAAUAACAUGCUAUCCACAAAGAAAAUGAUAAGCAAAACGCGGCUUCAUCUCAUAGUGGUUUGAUUCCAUUGAAAACUGUCUAAUAAACAUGACGUACCAUAUGAAACUCCGAUAAGUUGGCCCUAUUUAAAAGUUCUAAUGUUCUUAAAACUCUAGGGUAUAUUUAUUGACAAUUUCUCGACCCAUUUAUAAAAAAUUUAUCAAGCGGUUUUUUUUGCAAAAUGCGAAAUUUGAGAAGGACCAAAUUACCCAAAAGCAGCGAAUGCAAAAUGGUCGCCCAGAGCAAUUCUGCGUUUGUACUGGAAUCAAACCACUCGAAGCUGCGUUUCCAAAGCUUAUCGUUUUCUUAAAAAUUAAAGCGUGUUUUCACUGUUUAUAUGAUGCAAAACUUCGUUUCAAAAUUUUGAAACCCGAAUUUGUUCAAACUUUGAAAUAGUUCAUUUCGUCAAAGAUAAAUAAAAAACCAAAUGGCGUCGUUGUCCGUUUUCAUGAGUAUCUUUACACAUGGCGACGUAAUUAAUGCUCAAACUUGGGAGGUAGAAAAAAUCGUCGAGCUGGUCGGCUAAAAUUACAAAUUUUAAACUUGACGGAUUAUUUAUUUCACAGCCGAUCACAAAGCAAGUAAUAAACAUGACGUACCAAUCCG